AUGGCGCGGUGUUACAUUUUGGCAUCCAUGUCGAAUGUUUUGCAACAUCAGCAUCAGUCGAUGGAGUCUUCUUAUGACAUUCUGGAAAAUCUCAAAGAAAAGUUCGGAGAUCAGAAUCGUGCGGCUAAGCAGACUGCCAUGAAAGCCCUUCUGAAUACCAAAAUGGUUGAAGGUUCAUCGGUCAGGGACCAUGUUCUGAAGAUGAUGAGUCUUCUGAAUGAACUAGAGGUCCUUGGAGCUAACAUUGAUAAGGACACGCAGGUUGAAAUGAUCCUGCAGACUUUGCCUGACAGUUUUCAGCAAUUUCGCCUGAAUUAUAACCUGAACAAAAUGGAUUUUGUCCCUUGCGAAAUUGUUGAAUGA